AUGAAAGGGUGGGUCGAACUGCCGUACUUGUGUAAGGCUAUGAGAAUAAUAAAAUUUAUUAAGAAAAAACAAACCGCCGGAGUAUCUGGUAAUUCAAAUUCAUUGGACCACAGUAUUGCAUAUUAUGAGUUGAAUAUCGAUUGUAGUAUGAAUUUAAACAAUGAUUUAGUUAAUUCUAUUAAUCCAGAAGUAUCUGGUAAUUCAAAUUCAUUGGACCACAGUAUUGCAGAUGAGAAACAUGAGUUGAAUAUUGAUUGUAGUAUGAAUUUGAACAAUGAUUUUGUUACAUGUAUUGAUCCAGAAGUAUCUGGUAAUUCAAAUUCAUUGGACCACAGUAUUGCAGAUGAGAAACAUGAGUUGAAUAUUGAUUGUAGUAUGAAUUUGAACAAUGAUUUUGUUACAUGUAUUGAUGCAGAAGUAUCUGGUAAUUCAAAUUCAUUGGACCAUAGUAUUGCAGAUGAGAAAAAUGAGUUGAAUAUUGAUCGUAGUAUUAACUUGAACAAUGAUUUUGUAACAUCUACUAAUUCAGAAGAGAUACCCAUCAUAGAAACAACUAAAUUUGACAAUGAUCCUGCUUAUAUCCCUAGUUCUAUAUCUGCUGAACUAUUGAGUUACUUCGCCAACCUUGGCCCUUGCCAGCCAACACCAAAUGAUUUACCCCAACAUUCAUUUAAAAAAAAAAAAGACUGGAAUCAUAUGAAUAGAUCUUUCCACGAGUCUUAUUAUUACAAAAAUUUGGCAAACAAUAAUAAAUCUAGAAGACUUUGGCUAUCUUAUUCACCAAGUAAGGAUCUUAUUUUUUGUAUUUCCUGUAAACUUUUUGGUUUACCAAAAGCCCAAAAAUCAAAUUUAGCUUUGAAUGGUUCAAAUGAUUGGUCUAAUAUACAAAGAAUUAUUAAUAAUCACGAACACUCACAUAAUCAUAUACAGUCAGAAAUCAGUCGGGGUCUAUAUUUACAAAGUAAUCGAAUUGAUCUAAAUGACCAAUUAAUUAUAUGUGCUAAUCGUGAAGUGGCUAAUAAUAGAGAAGUGGUUCGAACUGUUAUUGAGGUAUUGAUUUUUGCUGCUCGACAAAAUAUAUCGCUACGAGGACACAAUGAAAAUGUUCAAUCAUUAAACCGCGGAAAUUUUUUAGAACUAUUAAAAGUCAUAGGACGUCACAGUGCCCCUGUUAUGAUGCAUCUUGAAAAAAUAAACAAAAGUAAUAAUAACAGAUUAACAUUUAUGUCUUCUAAAAGUCAAGAAAAACUGUUGAGUAUAUUAGGUGAAAUGGUUCGAGCACAAAUAUUGAAAGAUGUGAAAAAUGCUUGCACAUUUUGCUUGAGAUAUGUUAACAGUACUGGUGUAAUAGAAGAGCGAUUGUUGGCUUUAGAAACUGCAAGUGAUGCUACAGGACAAGGAUUAUUCAAUACCUUUUGUACAAUUACAAGUAAAUAUGACAUCAACUGGGAAAAACAUCUGUGUGCACAAUCAUUCGAUGGUGCAGCAUCUAUGCAAGGAAUUUAUUCAGGUCUACGAAGUUUUAUUCAACAUAAAAAUCCUAGAGCAAUUUACGUUUGGUGUUUUGCCCACAUAUUAAACUUAGUAGUGGUAGAUACAUGUGAUUCAUGUACUGAUACUAAAAAUUUUUUUGGAGAUGUUCAAUCAUUAGUAUUUUUUCUAAAAGCUCGCAAAAGAGCAGCUGUUUUUAUUGAAUGCCAAAAAAAAAUGUAUAAAGAUGAGAGAGUUUUGCGAUUGAAAAGUUUUUCAGAUACUCGAUGGACCUCACAUGGUAAAGUUUUAAAUGUCAUAUUUUGUAAAUAUAAAGCAUUGAUUGAUGCUUUAGAAGUCUUAAAAAAUUCUAGUGAUAGAAUUACAGCAUCUAGUUCAAGGACAUUUUUAAAGACAAUUUCAACUUUUAAGUUUUGUAAAACUAUUGAUUUCUUUGAAGCAAUACAAUUAGUUAAUGUGGCAAAAAAAAAGUUAAGUGAAAUGCGAUCAGAAUGCAAGUAUGAAGUAUUUAUUAACGAAGUUAAGGAAUUUGCAAAUUUUAAUAACGUACCAGAAAAAGACUUUAAAGAAAUGAGAAAAAGGACAAGAAAGUUACUUGCAGGAGAAACUCCAGAUGAUAAUUCAAAUGUUUCUUCUAUGGUUCAAUUUAAAAUUAAGACAUAUUAUGCUGCUCUUGAUAAAAUAACAAUGUCAUUACAUGAAAGAUUUAGUCAAUCACAAGAAAUACUAAAAGAUUUGGCAAUAUUAAAUCCUGAUCGUUUAAUGGCGAAAGAUUCACAAAAUCUGCCCAGUGAUUGUUUUCAACACAUUUCACUGUGGCUUGAAAACAUCAAUACUGACCAACUCAGGACAGAAUAUAUUCAAUUUAAAAAUAAUAUUUAUGAACUUAUAAAUGGAUUAGAAUUACCCACUGAGAUUCAUGACAACACUAGCAAAGUACAAAAUACUGAGAUUGAUGAGAAUGAUGAUUGUUCAAGUAAUGACGGAAAUUUGAAUAUCAUGGAUGAAAAUAUUGAUUUGAAUAAACAUGUAACUAUUACAACUAUAAUUCAAUUAUUGACAAAGUAUGGACUUGACUCAGCCUUUCCUAAUUUGCACGUUGCGUAUAGAGCUCUGGCAACAAUUCCAGCAUCAUCUGCAUCAGCUGAAAGAUCUUUUUCAAAGGUGAAAUUGAUUAAAACCAGACUAAGAUCAACAAUGGGGCAAGGUAGAUUAGAAAGUCUCUUACUUCUGAGUUGCGAAAGAGAUAUUCCAAUAGAUAUAAAUAUUGUUAUUGAUACAUUUUCACAGUCUUCAGAUCUCUUAAAAAAUGCAUUAACUUUUAAAUAA